AAUGGUUGGCAACACUAGAACCAAUUGUCAAAAAUAAAAUUGUGUUUUUAUUUUUGCUGGUCAGUCAAAGUAAAAAUCUAAGAAUUUAUUUGAACAAGUUUAUUUUAUAAGAAAUGUUGCGUAAAGUUUGUUGCUCAAGGUAUUCCGGUGGAAUUCUACCGUAUUUGUUAGGUAAACAAAAUUUUUCCAGUGCAGCUGGAUCAACUGGAAGUCAACCGCCAAAAAAAGAAGUUCUUAACCAUGCUGAUGUACCUAUUAUUGACUAUGAAGAUCCGGACUAUUUACCACUGCCGGAAUAUCCCAUGAGACCGGAUGAACCACUCGAGGUACGCAAGCAACGUUUAGUCUACCAAUCACGCAAGCGGGGCAUGCUUGAAAAUGAUUUGCUACUCAGUACAUUUGUGGCUAAGUACUUAAAAGACAUGGAUGCCAAGCUAACACUGCAGUACGAUCAAUUAAUCAAUGGUGUUUCAAAUGACUGGGACAUUUAUUAUUGGGCUACACAAGUUAAACCGACUCCUCCAGAACAUGAUAAUGAAAUUAUGCGCAUGCUAAAGAAACACGUAGCCAAUGAACAACGUGAUAAGCGUUUGAGGCAACCGGACCUGUAAACUUUAUCUAUAAUUAUUAAAAAAUGUUGUUUUAUUUU